AAUAGUCCGUACACAUUGUUUAAUAUAACGAGGCAUUAUUUGCGACCAGCAUAUUCUGGGUAAUAACGUAUUUGAGUUCACAUCUUGUACAAAGAGAAGGGAUGGAUGUACAAGGACACCGCGUAGACGUGUUUGAGUGAGCUGAAUUAUCUGGAUACCUUUAUCAGACGAGACGUAUAGGUCUAUUAAGGUUACCACAAAGGAGAAGCUCGGGGAGUGACCCAUUGGCCUUUCGUCAACUUUAGUAACGACUGAUACCUGACACCAAUUCUACGAUUAUAUCAAAGGAAACGCUUGAUACUUGCAUAAGCGCACAUGAUAUUAAACUGCUUAUCAGAGUCGCGGUAGACAUAACAUAUUUCAUGAUAACGUAGACGGUUAUGUGUUUUAUGAGCGAUAUUUAACAAGGAUAUCUAUAAUGUUGUUGGUUAUAACCUACAUACCGAAGUUUAUAUCGAAAGACCAAUAACAUCACUACCCAUGCACAUUGCACAUUAACCAUAAAUAGUGGAUUACACCGAAUCGUAUUAAUGUAUUCAUUUUUAUUCAAUUAUUUGUCUCAAACAAAGAGUAUAGACCUUUUCGUAGAUAUAAUGGUCUUUUUGGACAACAGAUCUUAUGUUUACCUCAGUGGUGGUGACAAUUUGUAAACUUCUUAUUGGAAUAUUUAGAACUUUACAACAUUUGCGCAGGACUGUGAACUACUUCAUGGAAAAAUGGGUAAACUUUCUUACCGAAGAAGGUGGGCCACUCCAAGGACUAACCAUGAGCAACAAGGCGCUCAACGUGGAUGCCUUGCUCAAUAUGAGCCCUAUCGUCCAGCGGACGGACACUGUCGCAGCAGCGGCGCAGGCCCUCUUGGUCUCUCAUCUCAAGAGCCAGAAACAUGUUCAAAAGGCAAUAUUUCCUAAUCACAAAAAGGAUAAGAAUGAGGAGUACAUCGCGGAACAAUUAGAUUGGUUUGACUUUGAGUAUUUGUGUACGAUAUUUCUGACGAAUGUGGUGUCGAAAGUUAGGGAUAACUAUAAGAUAUAUAAGAUGGCAAACGGGGACAAGGCCGAGGAACUCUUGAAUGAGAUAUAUGAAAGUUCUGACUGGAAGAAGAUAGGGUUUGCAUUGUAUACACUGCUGUUCCCAGACAUCUGCAAGGAUCAGAAGACUUCACUGACUUUCAAAGAUUUUCUUGAAGACGACAGGGAAAAAUGGGCUUCAGCACUUUCUGACAAAAUUCAAGAGAGUCACUGGAUUUAUGCUAUAAUGCGAGGCAUUGUGACAGGCAGCUACAAGGUGGAGGAUUAUAGUCGAGAUAUGAACAUUAUAUUUUUAAAACUUCAUCUUCUGGAUCCAAAGUCAGUGAUGCCUGUGUACCAGUUUCUCAGAAAAGCUCUUCCAGAUCUUCAUUUACAGCUCGUAACCACCGACUAUCUGCAAGCGCCGUUAGAAUGGACGUUGCUGAAAGAUGACGUCAUGGCAGCAAUCAACAAGCCUUCAACAGCAAGGGACACUUCUCACAUUAGCCUCGUGGACAAUGACGAGGCCUACUUUGGACUAGACAUAAUAUUUUUCAUUUUGACCGAUGCAAAACCGCUGGAUUUAUAUACUGGAGAGCAAGCCGAUAAUCGGAGGAUUUUGAGUAAAGAUAAAUCAUGCCAGAUAUUGUGAUACCUGCGAUUUGAUAACAUGACAUUUGGAGUUGGAAUCUAACGAACAACAAGAAGAGAUACACAUGUUAAACGGGAAAGCCCGGUACUAACCUUACCACGUUUGUGCUUCAUUUGGGAUGAUACCACUACCAAUGGUAUUACACGCUCACAAUUGUGGAAUUAUCUUGUUUUCAAUAGCCUUAAACAAGCAAUGGGAAAGAACUUAUAACCUGAACUACAGUGACAGGGAAGAGACAACACCUAUGUGGUUUCCCAGCAUUUGCUGAAGGCACAAAGCUAAAUACAGUAGUCGUACUUCCACCUAUCAAAUCCCUGUGUCUUUUGCGCUUACACCGAUGAAUUGCCGUGUCUAAAUAGAUCCGCUUGUCAAAUCCCCGUGUCUAUUAGCCCCAUCGAGCUCGAUGGGGCUAAUUUAGACCCCUGUUCAACACGGGUUUUUUGAUAUGUGGAAUCUGAAUAGACACGGCAAUUGCAAGUUCUAAGAUCCGGCGACAGAUGGCACGGUGUAGUUGCCUCGGUAUUGCGCAUGCGAAAUUCCCCUCCAACGGGAAAGAAACACAGGUGAGCUCCCUACCUACAUCGCACCUGUCGCCGGGGCUAUUAACCAUUAUCUAACACCACUGAUAGGUGCAAGUGCGCCCCGGGUUUUUUGACACACGGCAAAGACACGGGUCUUGAAAAAACACAGGGUUUUAUGAUAGGUGGAACUACGACUAAUAUUUAAGAGUGUUCAGUGAGGAUGUCAUCUACCUUACAACAGAAUGUGAAUGUACAACAACAGAUUUGUUGUUACUUACCUGAAAAGCGGUUUGUGCCGGACUUAACUCUUUGUUGAAAUUUAUAAGGACAUCAGGAGUCAUGCUACAAAAACAGAACGUGAAAUUACUAUGUGAAUUCAAAAUACUGUUAGCGACAGCAAUGCCAUGGUUCUGAGGUGUAUUAACGAUACAUUUAUGUGUGGGUUUGAAACAAAUGCCGAGAAGCAGCUCGGGCGAGCUUUCCUCCUCAUAUGUGGAGCACAUCCUGGGAAGAUGUCCGAGAUUCAUUUCAGCUGGGAAGGAGACUUGGCCUGAGGAACAUGCAUGACCCGCUGCUAGGAAAAGUAGAACUAUGUCUGACAAGACCUACCAGUCUAAGGUUUGUCUCAUCUUCUUGUUUUCAUUCUUCAAAUCGGACAGUUCCUAAAAAGAGGUUUGUUAUCAUUCAAUAAAGCAAUCUAAACAUACCUGUAGGCCUUAUAUUAACUACAACCAACAAUUUUAACAACAGAUACAUGUUACCCAAAAUGAAAAAGGUCAGCGGUUUCUCAGUCAUGUAACUCAUCACAGGCAAAGACCACCUGCAUUAGGGUUUUCUUUUAAGACAGUCACAAUCGAAUAGACAAGAAAACUUUCCAUUCAUACCUCCGACAAAUGCUGUUUAAUAUGUUCAAGAAGUAUGACUGCUUUCUCAUGUUCUGUUUGUGCUUCAGAAUCUUCAUCCUGCAAAAAAGACAAAGAGUGUAUAUUUGUUAUUCAUAUAAGAAUAAAAUGUUUUGG